UUUACAAAGAACGAUUCUGCAAGAAGAAAGGAAAACAAGAUAACUCUUCGACGAAGCGACAGGCGGCAACCAGAGCCAUGGCAACCGACCUCUUUGCAAUUGCAGUCGACGCCGAUGAUGAUGCCACCACAGCCGCAGAUGAUGUCCAUGAUCAAGUCACCACUUGCACCGACGGAGGAGAAGUAGAAGGAGAAGUAGACGGAGAAGAAGAAGAAGAAGAAGAUGAUGAUGAAAAAGAUGAUGAUGAGAAAGAGGAAGAAGAAACCCAAUCCCGAACAUUCCAAUCCGAAGAAAAUUUUCAACUCCAACGAAAAAAUUAUUCUGCAAAAAUGUAUGGUCAUCAUCAUCAUCAUCCAUCGAGGAGAUGUGGAUUAUAUGAGGAAUUUCAAUUACAAGUUUUUCCUGGUUUUGAUGCAGGCUCUGAGGAUGUAGAGGGAGAUGCAGAUGGAAAAGAGGAAAAAGAGGGAGAUGUGGAGGAAAAGGAAAAAAUUCAACUCUCAAAAUCCCAAAUUCAAUUUCUGGGUCAAGUUAUUGGAGAAUUAUAUUUUGAAGAAGAAUUUGAGAAGUUGGUGGAGUUUUGUGGGAGGGUGAGG